UUUUGUUGCUGAGACGAUGACGUGUCUGUUUUGUGGUACGUUACAAUCGAAACCGUAUUGAUUUAAUAUCUUUGGUUUAAGAGUUAACCUAACCUCACAUCAGCUGUAAAACUAUGUUGUUGUACUAGCUAGUACAUGUUGUCCAAGUAAAAACGCUCAUGACAACAACGUAAAACUGUGAAGCUAAUUGUGUCUAGCUAACCUUUGCGAAUUAGCUAGACCUUGUUCACUGUUGGCUGUACAUACAAAAUGUAUUUUGUGUCGUUAAACUAGCUAUAGAUCCACUGUCAUAUAUAUGUUUGCAAGCCGUAUGAUAUUAUUCACUAGCCUGCUGAGGAGAGGACUCUGUGUGAAACCAUUCUGGAACCAUCGUUACCAAAACGCUUCGGCGGUAUUACUGAAUGAGGUUAUAUUCAUGACUGAACUGUCAGACUUGGAGCCUGCUAAAAAGAGACUGCGGGUUGAAGUUAGCCUCCAAACACCUGUCGGCUCAAGGAGCCCUCAUUCAUUGGCUUUCAAAGCAAGUUCCAAAGAGGCAAGUCUACACGCAAUGGAGGGGCAGCAGCAUGGUGCCAAAGCAACAUCUCUCAGUCAGGAAAACAAUCCCAAGUCCCAACAGAAUAACCUUGAUAAGUGGCUGUUGAACCUUCCCCAAAGCACCACAAGCCCAGCUUCUGACAUGUCUGAAGCUGCUGAACAACAACUGGAAGAUGUAGAGAUGGUGAGUCCAGACAGCUCUGAGUCUGGCUGCAGUCACAAGUACCAGUUUAUGGAGACAGAGACAGAGGCCCAGACCCAUAGUUCAGACUCUGAGGAACCUGUUGUCUCUAGUAUUAUAGGCCUGGAGAGUAUUAUAGGCAUGGAGGAUGAAGAGACAGCGCCCUUAACACCAACUGACAGCCUAAAGGAUCACAAGCCCGUCUCGCAAAUCACCACAGAUCACAAUCCCGUCCCGCAAGUCACCACAGAUCACAGGCCUGUCUCAGAAGUCUCCACAGAUCACAUGCCUGUCUUGCAAGUCUCCACAGAUCACAGGCCUGUCUCGCAAGUCACCACAGAUCACAACCCUGUCUCAGAAGUCACAGAUCACAGGCCUGUCUCGGAAGUCUCCACAGAUCACAAGCCGGUCUCGCAAGUCUCCACAGAUCACAAGCCGGUCUCGCAAGUCUCCACAGAUCACAAACCGGUCUCGGAAGUCUCCACAGAUCACAAGCCUGUCUCGGAAGUCUCCACAGAUCACAAGCCGGUCUCGGAAGUCUCCACAGAUCACAAGCCGGUCUCGGAAGUCUCCACAGAUCACAAGCCUGUCUCGGAAGUCUCCACAGAUCACAAGCCGGUCUCGGAAGUCUCCACAGAUCACAAGCCGGUCUCGGAAGUCUCCACAGAUCACAAGCCGGUCUCGGAAGUCUCCACAGAUCACAAGCCGGUCUCGGAAGUCUCCACAGAUCACAAGCCGGUCUCGGAAGUCUCCACAGAUCACAAGCCGGUCUCGGAAGUCUCCACAGAUCACAAGCCGGUCUCGGAAGUCUCCACAGAUCCUAAAGGGAACAGUGAUGAGCAAAUGGAGGAGACCGUGAGCCAGAGCAACAAGGAGCUGGACAAGCAGCAGGACACAGAAAGAUCCUCCUCCUCCAAGGAUAAAGGAAAAAUAACAGACUUCUUCACCCCAUCCACAAGUGCCCAAGCGCCUUCGGAGAAACAACACAGAUAUGGAGACGUCCCGCGUGAGAAACAACGUGGGGACAGAGAUGACGUCCCUCCGCCGUCGCCGCCGUACGAUUCCAAGUGGCUGGGAAGCCCCAUCGGUGAUCUGAGGAGAAUGCCACAGUGUGGUCGACCACUCCCACCACUGAGGAAUAGUCCUGACCAUCACACUGUCAUGAUCAGGACAGACCUCCUUCAAACAGGCAAAAUUCCUGUUCCCUAUCCCAACAAGUUCAAAGACACCUGGGAUGAGGUCCAUGUGAAAAUGCCCUGUUCAAAGAACAACCUAUUCCCAGUAGGAAAUCAGGAGGUGCAGGAACGGUGGGAACUCAUCCAGAAAGCUUUAAACAGAAAAUUUGGAAGUUCCCAUGAUGUGAAGAAUGCCAUAUUGAAGUACAAUGUUGCUCAUGCCAAGAGAUGGGACUUCACAGCUCUUCAUUUGUUUUGCAACAAGGAUCUGGAUCCUGACGUCGUUCAUCUGUUUGGGUCUCUGCUGCCUGAAAUGGUCCAAUUAGCACUGCGGGUGUCUGAGCUGUGUAGCAAGCCCAUCCCUCUGCUGAAGGAAGGGAUGAACCACUCCAUCACCCUGUCUCAAGUGCAGGUGGCUUCUCUAUUGGCCAACGCCUUCUUCUGUACCUUCCCCCGACGCAACUCCAGGAAGUCAGAAUACUUCAACUACCCUGACAUCAACUUCUACAGGCUGUUUGAGGGCUCUUCCCCAAAGAAGAGGGAGAAACUUAAAACACUUUUGUGCUAUUUUAGAAGUGUAAUCGAGCAAAAACCUACUGGACUUGUAACAUUCACGAGAAAAUGUUUGGAUCGUCCUCCAAAUUGGAAAAACUCCCAGAAUCAGCUUACCAAGCUUCACAUAACAUGUGCAGGAACCAUAGAAGACGACGGACACGGCAUGCUGCAGGUGGACUUUGCCAACCGGUUUGUGGGCGGAGGGGUCACCGGAUCAGGUCUGGUUCAGGAAGAGAUCCGCUUCCUGAUUAACCCUGAACUCAUCGUCUCUCGCCUCUUCACUGAAGCCCUGCUGCAAAAUGAGUGUCUCAUCAUCACAGGUACUGAGCAGUACAGUACAUACACUGGCUACGCAGACAGCUACCUAUGGGACGGCAAACAUCAGGACAAGACCCCAAGAGACACCUGGCAAAGGAGGUGCACAGAGAUUGUAGCGAUGGACGCUCUGAUGUUCAAGAACUUCCUCGAACAGUUUCACCCUGAGAAAAUGAACAGAGAACUGAAUAAGGUGAGUAGUGGUAACUCGACCAGGUGGAGCGGUGGUAACUCGACCAGGGGGAGCGGUGGUAACUCGACCAGGGGGAGCGGUGGUAACUCGACCAGGGGGAGCGGUGGUAACUCGACCAGGGGGAGCGGUGGUAACUCGACCAGGGGGAGCGGUGGUAACUCGACCAGGGGGAGCGGUGGUAACUCGACCGGGUGGAGCGGUGGUAACUCGACCGGGUGGAGCGGUGGUAACUCGACCGGGUGGAGCGGUGGUAACUCGACCGGGGGGAGCGGUGGUAACUCGACCGGGGGGAGCGGUGGUAACUCGACCGGGGGGAGCGGUGGUAACUCGACCGGGGGGAGCGGUGGUAACUCGACCGGGGGGAGCGGUGGUAACUCGACCGGGGGGAGCGGUGGUAACUCGACCGGGGGGAGCGGUGGUAACUCGACCGGGGGGAGCGGUGGUAACUCGACCAGGGGGAGCGGUGGUAACUCGACCAGGGGGAGCGGUGGUAACUCGACCGGGUGGAGCGGUGGUAACUCGACCGGGUGGAGCGGUGGUAACUCGACCGGGUGGAGCGGUGGUAACUCGACCGGGGGGAGCGGUGGUAACUCGACCGGGGGGAGCGGUGGUAACUCGACCGGGGGGAGCGGUGGUAACUCGACCGGGGGGAGCGGUGGUAACUCGACCGGGGGGAGCGGUGGUAACUCGACCGGGGGGAGCGGUGGUAACUCGACCGGGGGGAGCGGUGGUAACUCGACCGGGGGGAGCGGUGGUAACUCGACCGGGGGGAGCGGUGGUAAAUCGACCGGGGGGAGCGGUGGUAAAUCGACCGGGGGGAGCGGUGGUAAAUCGACCGGGGGGAGCGGUGGUAACUCGACCGGGGGGAGCGGUGGUAACUCGACCGGGGGGAGCGGUGGUAACUCGACCGGGGGGAGCGGUGGUAACUCGACCGGGGGGAGCGGUGGUAACUCGACCGGGGGGAGCGGUGGUAACUCGACCGGGGGGAGCGGUGGUAACUCGACAGGGGGAUCAUGGUUUGUGGUGUGGCGGAAGAAUCAGAAUUAG